UGUGUGUGUGUGUGUGUUGGUUUUUGUGGUUUACAAGGACUUUUGACCUGAAUACGCACCAGCAUUACAGGGACAUUUGGGUUUAUGAGGACAGGGCCCAUGUCCUUAUAAUUCCGACAGUGUAGAUGCCUUUCUCUAUGUCCCAGAAGCUCCCUCUCAAAGUUUCGCGCCAUGUCCUAAUAUACCACAAAAAUCUGAAAUUUUACUAUACACUGUGUAUCCUCUGAGCUCGGGAGUGCGCCCCUGCAGCCCGGCCCCGGUACUGCAUCCGCGUCAUCGAAAAUUUGCAUAUUUUACACUUGUGUAAGUUUGGAGGCCGCUGAUUGGCUAGAUCGGCAUCGGAAGGCGGGAAAACAAAAUGGCGGCGGUGGGCGGGGCUACAUUCUGCCGCUAAUAGCGCCGUACAACGAGGCAAGUGUGACUGUUUGUAACUUCCUGUUUGGACCGGACACAAUCUGUGCACCUGAAGCGAAGACAUCUGUGGUGUGAAGCUGUUGGAAACAACUAUUAUAUGAAAGCAGACACAUAGGAUGGCUGAAGGUGUGAGGCGAAGGAGAAAGCUGAAGCCCGUGGAGGAGGCCAUACAGUUUUCACUUGAACAGAAAGACAAGAAUGGACUCGAGGGCAGGUUCAUCAGUCAUCUUAAAGGGAGGGGUGUGUUCAGCUGUACUGACUUUGAGAAAGGAGAUUUCCUGCUGGAAUACAGAGGAGACCUCAUCAGCAAAGAAGAAUGUGAGCGGAGGCAAAGAAUAUAUCACGAUGCACUUAAAGUUUUCAUGUUUGAGUUUCGCUACAAUGGAAAACUCCUCUGUGUCGAUGCAGCCCGAGAUGACGGUUCUCUUGGGCGGCUUGUAAACGAUGACCAUAUUAACCCAAACAGCAGGAUGAAGACGAUUCGUGUGGAUGGAAAACCUCACUUAUGUUUAUUUGCCACAAGGAGCAUCUGUCCUGGUGAAGAGAUCACAUAUGAUUAUGGUGAUUCUGAGUGGCCAUGGAGAUGCACGACUCUUAGUGUGGGUUGA